ACGGUCAAAGUGCUUAGAAUCCACAACGUGUGGUUUUGUCACUAAACUCUAUAACAUAUUUUGUCAGCUGUGAAAUAGGAAGUCAAUUCGCAACUCAUAAUCAUAAGACAUUUUCAACUUUUAAUUUGAUGUGAUAUUACAAAUUUUAAAAUGUCAUUCGCUGCUCCAAUCCCAACAACUGGUAGAGAACAAGAUCCCUGUGAUACUGAAAAAUAUGCGCUCUCCAGAAAACUUAAAAGUAAGACCGAAGCCCUCAUAGUUUUGAGUCAAGAAUUAGAUCAAUGUAGAGCUCAACGUGAUCAGUUCAAAAUGAUGGCGGAACAGAUACAGGAAAGAUUUUCACAUUUUAAGAAGGAAAAGCCUACAAACAAUUCCAUGAAUAGCUUCCAGGGAAUUACUCAUGGAGAUUCUAGUGCGAUCCAUCUAUUGGCGGAGAUCAGGGAACACAAUAAGUGCCUCCGUCUCCAAGUUGAAACACUGCGGCAAAAACUUGGUGAUGCUCAAGGAGAUAUUCAAGUAUUAAGGACCAAUAAUCGCUGUGGAGUUGAACAGUCAGAAGUGCAGCCUGCUCCUGCCGCUCACCAGAGAGAAGAGAUGAUUGAGCAACUGGAGAAAUUGAACAUCAAAUGUGCCCAGUUACAAACUGAUCUCCAGACUCUACUAGACGAGAAACAUGAACUCGAAAUAGAGAGGGAUGCAUUCAAGUGUAAAGCACAUCGUCUGAAUCAUGAGUUAUCCAAAGCUCUGAGUGCCUCAAAGCCAGUGGACUUGGAUUCUCUGAUCAAUGAAAACAGGUAUUUGCAGGAGAGAUUACAGCAGAGUCUCGAAGAAAGAGAAUUAGCACAGCAAUCUUUGUCAAAAUACAAGAGCAUGCUGGAGACUAAAAGAAUCAAAGGAACUAUGAAACUGGGUGGCAAUUCAGCAGCUGGAACUAUCAUGACUCAUAAACAAGUGGAACAAUUACUCCAACGGGGGAUUCAGGUACCUGCACCGGCGUCCGCCGCUGCUGUUAACGAUCUACGUCGACUUUGUACAGCGUUACUGGAGACUCUUAAUGACAAAACAUUAGCGUUAGCUCAUCAAAAAAAAGCAAACAAGAUUUUGGCUCUCAGAAUAUGUGAAUUAGAGAAUAGUGUUCAAUCGCCAACAACUAAACUCUUAGAGGGUUAUGCAGGGGCAGAUGUCGAUACUCGACUAGGAUUCGAGUGUUUUGAUGAGAGUACCGAGUGUGCAAGUGCAAUAGAUUCAAAUCCAGAAAAGACCGACAACAAAAUAAACGCAGAGAUAUGCAGUGAUACGCUGGAAAGCAAUAUGGAGUAUAAGGACGGUCAUCUUUCCCAUACUACUAGUUCAAAGCAAAUAAAUUUGCCCAAAAAUUUAGAUGCUCUAGUCCAGAAAGCAUUGAUGAAUUUAAAUCUUGAUGGUAAACCAUUAUCGUAACAGCGGGUAUGAGCAUCUCAUCUAAAUGCGGUGUCUGCUCUCUGGUUACUGAAUGGAUUUUAUCUUGUUUUAGUUUAUUUCUCAUCAACCACUCUGGUUUUAGUCAAUUUCUAGUCGUGAUCAAAGAUUACCUCGAUACAAUGACAUGAAAUAAUGUAUAACAAACUAACUAACAUUUUAGUGAAAAUAAAGUGGAAAUGUUUUAUUAUAA